AUGGCAGCCUUCCCCAGCCAACAUAUUCGAGUGCAGGUUGACAAUCGGGAUUGGAACCAGCAAGUAUCGAGAAUCAACAUUGUCGUACACACUGAAGGGCAAUGGGAAAGAUCUGGUCUGAGCAACAAUCAUGUUACGCAGUAUCUUUCGAUACCGAACGGCCGAUCCGUCCAGAUUAACGAACGCCAUGUCGACGAUGAGGACAUCAAUGGGCGCUUUGAGAUGGUCAGCAGAAAUUACAGAUAUAACAACAGCCGCUCCUUGAUCACAAGUUUCGAAUUCGCUCUAAGUCAACCAGUCACAGUCAGAGCAAUUCAUGACUUCAUUCGAAGCAAUAGAUUUAAUGACUUUUGCUUUGCUGAUGGGGGUAUGGGAUGUCGGUAUUGGCAUAUCACUCUUCUUGCGCUAUAUGAAGUGAAGGGAUGGGUCGCCCCUUUCUCCGGUUCAAGGCUUCUGGAAAAUCUUUCGUUCUUGUAUUCAAGAGCAACAGCCGCAAUCCCUACUACUGUCAAACCCGGAAGUUUUGAUGAGGGCAAAACUCGUCAACUCGCGAGAACAGCUUGGACACUCAUGAAUGGUCAAAUGGAGACUUCAACACAAACACUAUCAAGACAGAGACAGUUUGUCACAUCGAUCUUGUCAAACUUAACGGCGGAUCCACAACUAGCUAUGCAGCAACUCCAGCAGAUGCAAACGCAUGGGACUAUUCUUCGAGAUUCAGAUGCUGUACGCGCACAUUUGGUUGGGAUCGAAUCCCACCAUACAGCAGCUACUAGGAGGUUGUCCCAAAUUGAAGGCAUAAUGAGAGAAUUUGAUGAACUUGCAGUGCAAAGGGAUGAGUCUUCAUAG